CUUCAAUGCAUUUAACUUCAACUUUUGAAUAAAAAUUAAAUUUUUUCAUUACCUGUCAGAAAUCCACUAAAAUUCUCAAUUAUCUCACCAUUACAAUUUUCGGGAUAUUACUUUUGUCGCAUUUUCGUUGUCUGGUAAAUCAGAGACGUAAACAAAAUCGGAGUGGGAACAUUAAUAGAAUAGAGAAGGGUAGACAAAUAUUCGCAAAAUUAAAACAAAUAAACUGCUGAACUUUUGUAUUAUCGAAAGUAGUCUCAAAUCACUAUAGAAUUUUACCUUAUAAAAUGACUUUAACAAAGACUGUGGAUCAGGCAACCAUCCUUAGCGGUGAUCGUUCCAAGUUAAAAGAUUUACUCUGCAAUCGGUUGGCUGAGUGUGGCUGGCGCGAUGAGGUGCGUCUUAUGUGUCGCAAUAUAAUUAAAGAGAAAGGCAAUAACAUUAAGGUCGAGCAAUUGAUUGCAGAUGUAACGCCCCGCGCGCGUGCCAUUGUUCCUGACGCUGUGAAAAAGGAGCUACUCAUGAAGAUCAAGGCUAUUUUAGCUGCCCAGGAGGGUAUCGAUUUGUAAAUCGAAAACAUUGGUGGGGCUGGCAUAUUAGCCGUAAGCUUAAGUGUGUGAACACCUACUUUUUCUAAUGUAAAUAUAAAUGAACUUGCAUACAGAUGCUGAAAAUACUGAUAGAUCUAUACAUACCUAUUUUAUUAUUUAACAAUUGAAAUUUUUCGCAAUUCUUCUGAUUUUGUGUGCAUCUAAUUUUUACUUUUAUUUAAAAUUUUCAAUAAAGGAAUUUAUAUGUAUUCAAA